AUAGCGUCCUAAAUGACAGUGAGGCAUUUUCACGUUGUCAAACUCACAGUGGGUGUGUGGGAUUUAAAGUGAUUUACAAAAUAUAGACGAGGAAAUAUGUCGGAGUUAACGAAGAAAACAGACGAGGAUGUAAUUGAGAAACCACUUCCCCCUAACUGGAUUUUACAGCAUCCAAUGGUAAGUGCCAAAUGCGAUCAACAAACAUAAUGACCUAGCUAACGUUAGGCAUGAGCAACAAUAAUAACUGAUGCAGUACUAGCUAACGUUUUAAACUUUUACCCUCAUGCUCAUAGUACCAUCAUCUGAUAAACCUAGAUGUUGGAGACAGUGCUCAAGUGCAUGCAGCUUUCUUGGUGUACCUGGAUCUUGCUGAAGGUGAGUUAACCAUUAAUUGGAUCCACAAUCAACUCUGUUUUGCAUCAUCACAAGCUAGCUACUAGACCUUUCAGGUGAGUGCUACCGUAGCUCUCGAGAACCCAAGGGGGCUUACAGCCGGCCCCACUUUUGGGUUCUCAGCUGAAGGUAUGGAGGACAGCUGGCUCAAUGUGAACUACAAUCCCGACGCUCUGUUUUAACGUUUCAAAAUGCUUGCAAUACGGUUUUGGAAACAUUUGUAACUUAACUUUCAUACCACCAAGAAAUAAUCUUUCAAAUACAAAAGAUACACAUACUGUACGGAGUUUAGCAAAGUGACACCCGGCUGUAAGAGCCUCCAGCCGAUAUACGACACAUCCUCUCCCCUUGCGCUCACAUUUCCAUUGGACCAUUCCAUUCCACAUUUCCGGCCAGAAGUAGGUGUUACUCCUUGAUCACACCGACAGUCGAUUUUGCAACCAAAGUUCAACAUUCACCUUCUGCUACCAUUUCUGUCAAGCACUCUACGCAUACAGUUUGACAUAGGUUCGAUAAAUCCAACGUAUGCACCACACACUGCAAUUGCCUCUACAACGCAACACUGCAGUGUAAACGCAAAGUUCCAUUGGAAAUGAAUGUACUUCUGGUGUACCAAAAUGCAAUAAUGCGGUCAGUGUGAUCGAGGCGUUACUCAAAGCACAGUCGGGUGCAACUUUGCUAAACUGUGUGCAGUAAGUGUAUCUUUUGCAUUAAAAUAAAAAUAUUUCUCACUCAUAUGAAAGUUAAGUUCCACAUGUUUACAAAAUCAUACUGUGGGCGAGGCGUAUUUGCGUUUAGUCAGAGCAUUUGGGUAGCGUCGGGGCGUUUCCCUCACAAGGCAAAAGGGGACAUGCAAUGACCCAAUGCAAUGGAAUCAGGGUCAUGAUAAGGGCUAGUGCUACAGAUGACAUCAGUUGGAUAAACCUACCUAGGCUACAUAAAAUGUCAACUAAGUUCUUUACAAUGACAACCUAUUAUUCGCCAGGUGUACCAAGUGUAUAGCUAGCUACGUAUCAUGCUCCUGACUGUGCCCACAUUAGCUAGCCAGAAAGUAAUCUCUGUCCUUUCCACUCCAGUGCGUCAAUGGAAGGAGGUGAGUGGAGUGGGGUGCUCUGAGCUGCGACUGGUGUUGCUGGAGGGACGGGAGAAGGAGGGAGAGCCCGCUCAGACGGUGCUCCCACUACCUGUACACAGAGGCCUGAGCCACAGAAGGUGAGAGAAGACUGGGUCUCCUUAUUGAAUACCCACUCCGCUAUAAGACCUCCAGAUGCAUUUAAAGGAAUUAAUUUAAUGUACAAAAAGACAACAGACUGAUGCUAUGCUACGCUACAGGGUUGCGUUCAAUUCCAUUUAAAUUCCAGUCAGUUCAGGAAGUACCCUACUUUUUAAUGAGGAAUAUUUGGAAUUUGUUUUACUGUCCGAAUUGACUGUCAUUGAAAUGGAAUUGACCCAACAUUAGAUUACGCCACAAAUCAACAUUUUGCAACACUUGCGGAUAAUGAACGCAGCCGGCUCCAAAGAAUGUAGGCGAACUGAAACUGGAGUGUGAUUACUGUGUAUUUUCUUCAAUGUAAGAUAAUUUCUUUACACAUAUCUAUGAUUUGGUCCAUCUCGGACCUCUUCUCCUCCCUCUCCCAGUGUGCGGUCAGUGCUGGCCAGAGGCUCACCCAUGCUGCUGUGUGUGGUGGCGUCUGACUCCAGCCUGGUCUACCAGAGGAUGUGUGACGGCCUGCUGACCCCUGACCCCCCAGUGGGCAUCCAGGACCAGGGCCGCCGGCAGCACCGCAAAAGACGCCAGCAACAUUGAACCGCAGAAGAACCACAGUGAACGUUAGUAGACCACUAUGGUCUGAACUCUGCAGUGACCAGGAGACAACCACAGACUGAAUGGCAGGCUGUUGUGGUCUCGUAAUGAUGAACCAAAGUGCACCCGGGAUACUAUUUAUUUAGAAUUUGCCAGUGUCUUCCUACCUUAAAAUUGGCAGGGCGUGCCUAUCUUCGUUGCUCCCUUCCCGAACUGUUUUUGGGAACCUGGGCAUAGUGACUUUCAUAUGGCUCAACAGCUAGCCUACAUUAAGUAUGACAGACACUGAGAGACUGCGUAAAGAGAAAUGACAAAUAUUACGAUGGCUGUAACUACCUUUACAAGGUGCUACAGUCUCUGUGGGCCAGAGGGUUUGUGUUAUAGCUUCUCGGACAAUUGACAGACAAUCGAUCAUCAGACACUGGUUUGCAAUUGGACAUAAACUUGCCAGAGAGGAUACAUAAGUUGCAUUGAAUUAAAUGUCCAUACAGUACAUCCAUGAAGCAAUACAUGUUUAUGUAGCAGACUGCAGUAGGCUACUUACAUAUGGCACCACUCAGAACUCGUUCAGCUGGUUAUUGUUAAUGUAACACUGUUUUGUUUCGUGAUGACUCCAUACCCAUUUACUUUAAAUGCAGUUGUGAUUUUUUUACUGUAGAGGGCAGCACGAAAGCUACCAUGAAUGCCUCAUUGAUAUCAUUGCUACGCCAUCAUUUGACAUUGACAGAUAAAGACUACAGUAAACACAAUGUUGGCUGUGCCUGUGCAUUGUUAGGUAAUAGUAACAACACAAGGACUGUAUGAGCAACCAUUUUGUUUUGACAAAUUAUAUUAGUGACCUGAAAACACGUAUUAUUUUACUAGAAAAACUAAAAUUGAAAAUGAAAAACAAACAAGCAAAAAUGAGCAUGACAACAAAUGCGAAGAGCACUACAUAAUCUGGCUAUGCUCCUUAUACAGUAUAUUGUCUUUAGAUUUAACACUGAUGUGGUCUUACUAACAGGUAAGAACAGAUACUGACAGCAGGGUGCUGUGUGUGUGUGUACAACAAAGCCUAAUGAAGAGGUAGGCUCGACUACAAAACGACAAUGACUAGAACACUUCAACCCUGAGCAUUGACAUUAAACAAGAAUACCCUACAUGGUAAAGUAAGGAGACGUAGGCCAACUAUGAGUCACAUACAGUGCAUUCGGAAAGUAUUC